AUGAGUGAAUCAGGAAUUUUGCAUGCGUUUUCUUUAAUUGAUGUCGAUAAUGAUGGAGUAAUUUCAAUUCAAGAUCUUGAAGAUUAUUCCAAAAAUAGUACAGUAACAGAUGAUUUUGUAACAAAAUGGAGGAAUAUAUUCGAUAAAGACAAUACCGGUCAAAUAACAUUUCUUCAUUUUGUGAAGUUCUUGGUGUUAGCAAGAAGAAAAGAGAUGAAAUACUAA